AUGAGGACACUCUCUUUCAGCUGGGCCCCCCUAGCCGCUCUUUGCAUUUCCUUUGUUGUACUUUCAGCCGCAAAUCUUGUUCCAUCACAAAAGUACGAUUGUGGCACUGAAGUUUCCUUUUCUACCAUACAGAUUGAAAGACUACAAAAAAAGAUGCUCAAUACCUACGUUAAAAUCAUUUAUCCAUGUAAUGGCCGAAGAUAUUGUCUUUCAAAGAGGAUUAGAAGUGCCUUUUACCUGGGAAGGGAGUAUGAAUACUAUUCAUUUUUUCAACCGAGUAAUGGUGUGAAAAAUAUCGAAUCGGCUCUAAAACCUCUGGGAAAACAUGCAGAGCAUAAGCGUUACCGGUACUACUUGAUUGUUCAGUAUUAUCCCGAUAAACAGUACAAAAUUAAGGGUGUAAUCAAGAGGAGUAGGCGCAAUCCACAUUGGGAACGUGUUUGCAUCACCUCGAAGGAUAGCAGCGCUGCUCAGAAUUUGUCUGAUCGCACUAUUGAAGAAUCCUUUUCCUAA